AUGGCUGACGCUUUCGUUUCUGUGCUACUGCAACAACUGGCUUCAAUAAGCUAUCAACAAAUAGAGAAAGAGGUGAGGCUGGUCGUGGAGGUCAAGAAAGAAAUUGCCAAGAUCACCAGCAAUCUGAAAGCUAUUCAAGCUGUGCUCGAGGAUGCAGAGAAGAGGCAAAUCAAGGAAGCCAUCGUCAGGGACUGGCUAGAGAAGCUGAAAGAUGUGUCGUACGAGAUGGACGACGUGCUUGAUGACUGGACUACUGAAAUUCUCAUUCAGCAACUUCAUCAUCACCAACAAGAAGGUGAAAGUAGUACUACUGCUUCUGUUACAAAGAAGAAGGUAUGUUUCCUCGUACCCUCUAGCUGUUUUUGUUUUGGCCAAGUCAACCGAGUGAUCCACCGUCGUGACAUUGCUCGUAGAAUACAAGACCUGAGUGAUAGGUUGAAUGAGAUUGCUAGAGAAAGACAAAGUUAUAACUUCCAAAACACAGAAAGAGUCUUUGAACAACUUGAGAGGAUUGAAACUUCAUCAUUUGUCGACCUCUCCAAGAUAUUUGGCAGGGAAGUUGAAACUGAAGUAGUUCUGAGAAAGUUGGUCGGCGAGAGUAGUCAAGAAGAGAGAAACCUCCAAGUUAUCCCUAUAGUAGGGAUGGGAGGUAUGGGGAAGACAACUCUUGCCCAGAUGGUCUACAAUAAUGAAAAAGUGAAGUUAAACUUCACAAAAAGAAUAUGGGUUUGUGUUUCAGACCCAUUUAAUGAGAUCAAGAUUGCGAAAGCUAUUAUUGAGGAUCUCAAUACAGUUGAUGCUCCAAAUUCAAAUGAUCUGCAACCCUUAUUGAAAUGUAUACAUCGAAAUGUUGAGGGCCAAAAGUUUCUCCUUGUGCUAGAUGAUGUGUGGAAUGAAAACUAUAGAAAGUGGGAACAGUUAAAGCUAUCUUUACAAAGUGGUGUCUUUGGUAGUAGAAUAUUGGUGACGACACGAAAAGAGGAAGUUGCUAUGAUAAUGGGAGCAACCUCUGCCGAUAUAAUCCAUUUGGAGAAGUUAAGUGAACAGUUUUGUUGGUCAAUAUUCUAUCACAUUGCUUUGGCCGAGAGAGAAAGAGAUGAGUCUAAAGUUUUUGAAUCUUUAGGUAAAAACAUGGUAAGAAGAUGUCAAGGUUUGCCUCUUGUUGCAAAGGCUUUAGGUGGUUUAAUGCGAUCCAAGAAAACCAAGAAAGAAUGGAUAGCUGUUCUGGAAAGUAAGAUAUGGAAGUUGGAUGUAGUUGAGAAGCAAGUGUUUCAACCGCUAUUACUGAGUUAUUAUGAUUUGGCCCCACAGAUCAGACGUUGUCUUUUGUAUUGUGUUGUUUUUCCAAAAGACCAUAACAUAAACAAAGACAAUGUGAUUGAGUUGUGGAUUUCGCAAGGUUAUCUUAGUUCAAAUGAAAACCUUACGAAAAGAUUAGUGAACGGUCAAAUUUAUUUCGAUAAUUUAGUAAUGCGAUCUUUCUUUCAAGAUUUUGUGAAAGAUAAACUUGGAAAUAUCACAAGUUGCAAGAUGCAUGAUAUUGUGCACGACUUUCUCCAAUUUUUGACCAAAAAUGACUGUUUUAUCUUGGAGGCCGUAGGUGAAAAUAGAAUAGAGUUACCAAUGGGGAAUAAGUUUCGCCAUUUGACCAUCACGGCUGCUCCCAAUGAUCAAUUUCCAGAUUCCUUUGACUCUCUCCAAAAUUUAAGGACCCUGACGACUUUUAAUUGUGAAAUUGGUAGUCUCAAUCCAGAGUUCAUUUUACAAUUAAAAUGCCUAAGGACCUUGAACUUGAGUAACAAUCGUGUGGAACAACUUCCAAUCGAGGUUGGUGGGUUGGUUCACUUGAGGUAUUUGAAUUUGUCCAACAACAAAUGGAAGAAAUUACCUGACACAUUGUGUAAUUUGAUCAAUUUGGAAACCUUGAGAGUUGAAGACUGCAAAGAUCUUGAAGAGUUACCUGAGGCCAUGGGAAAGCUGACCAACUUGCGGCAUCUCCGUGUUAAGAGAAGUCGUAAACUGAAGUUACCAAGAUCAAUAGCAAAGCUGACGAGUCUACAGACUCUAGAUCAAGUUAAUAUUUUUUCUGAUGGCUUCAUGGUAAGUGAUUUGAGAAACAUGGAUCAGCUUCAGGGGAAGCUUUACAUACGCUGGUUGACCAAAGUGAAUGAUGGCACCAAGAUUAAUGUGGGGAAAGAAAAAUUGAUGAAUAAGAAACACCUUGUUUCUUUGAAACUAAGCUUUUGGCCUGCGACAAGCCAGAGUGUUAUCCAGGAAGAACUACUGAAUGCCUUACAGCCAAACCCAAAUCUGGAAUCUUUAAAGAUCGAACAUCACAGUGGCACCACAUUGUGCCCCAACUGGAUGAACAGGUCCUUAAAUGAUUUGAGAUACCUUCGGUUUAGUAGCUGCCAUGUGUGUGAAUUUGUUCCUCUUCUAGUUUUGGGGAAGUUGGUGUCACUUGAAGUACUGCAAAUUCGCUAUAUGUCGAAAGUGAAAAAGGUGGGAUUUGAAUAUUCGAGAAUCAUAGAAUCAUCCUCAUCUUCAUCAUCAUUUGAAGUCACUUUAUUCCCAAAUCUGAAGAAACUUGUGUUUGUCUACCUGCCGGAGUGGGAGAAGUGGGAAGGAAUGGCAGCUGGGGUGAGUGAAGAUUCACUUGCAAGUAUUAAGGUAAUGCCAUGCCUUUCUACAUUAGAGAUUGAGCACUGUCACAAGCUGAAGACACUGCCAGACUUCCUUCGGAAGACGCCGCUCAAGAAUUUGAGCAUCAAUACAAGCUGGACUCUUGCGCAAAGUUGCAGAAACAGAGGAGGCAUGGAGUGGCCCAAGAUCUGUCACAUCCCAAACAUCCAAAUUAACGGUGCGUUUGUACAAAGAGACGGAGUCUGA